GUUCUCCUUCGCCAGUUUCAAACGCAGAGGCAAGCCCUAAAUCCAGUGACCGAUCAAUGCCCGAACAAAGUCCGUCUCCAACGUCAACAACAAAAUCUUCAUUGGAGGAGAAUGAUGACGUCAAAUGUGCUAUUUCUCCAGAACAAACCUCGUCCCGUGUGAGUCCUGAUAGGCAUGCAACACUUAAAACACCACGCCAUGAUCUAGACGGCUUCUUUCCAAAGUACAUGCCCAGUAAUACUCUGUUCAACAUAUCUAAUUUAGGAAUGUAUUCCGAGAGCAAUUCCAAUAAUCGAGCAGACGUAUCACGUUCCCACAUUGACGUCACAUACGAAACUGCGGCGAAGAUACUCUUCAUGUCAAUAAAAUGGGCGCGCAAUAUCCCGUCAUUCCUCGCACUUCCAUUCCGGGAUCAAGCCAUUUUAUUGGAGGAAUCGUGGUGUGAGCUAUUUAUCCUAAGUGCUGCGCAGUGGUCCAUGUCGCUAGAUACAAGUUCUUUGAUGUCUGCUAUUGGGGUUUCAACAACGGACCAAUCAGAACGCGCGACAGUGCUGUAUUCUCAGAUACGAAUGUUGCAAGAAAUCAUUCUGAGAUUUGCCGCCAUGCGUAUUGACUCAACUGAAUAUGCUUGUCUAAAAGCACUUGUCCUCUUCAAAUCAGAAAUCAAAGGGUUGCGUGACUACCUUCAGGUGGAGCUUCUACAGGAUCAAGCCCAGAUUAUGCUAACUGAAUACUGUUUCUCCAACCAUCCAGCUAACAAGCUCAGGUUUGGAAAGCUCCUGCUACAAUUGUCUAGUUUGAAGGCAGUUGGUCCGAGGUCAAUAGAAGAGGUGUUCUUUCGACGAACCAUUGGGAAUAUUCCGAUCGAGCGUCUUCUUUGUGACAUGUUUAAAUCAAGUUAAAACGAUUGCUAAGCGCUUCCAGGUUACACAAGUCUGUCAAAUUAACUAUUAACCUGCGGGCGGCAUCUGAUUCUCCUAGUGACUAGUGCUGACCAAGGUCAUGGUCGGUACUGCUCGCUAUUGAGUCUGUAAACAUCCUGGAAAAUUUCCCUAAAAUGAUGAAUGGUUUUGUCCAGACUGAAAGUUGGACAAGUUCAUUUAAGAUAUUUGGUGCGAUUAUGGUUCAAGAAUAAAGUCCCUUAUAAUGAUCACCAAACGCUAAAUUGAAAUAUACAGGUAACAAAAUAAAAGGGAAUCUGAACAAUAUUCAAUCAACUUGUAAUUUUUUAAAUGAAUUUUUUCCAUCUUCUAUUUUUAGCACUGUCAGUUAUCAAUAUUAGGGAUAUCGAAAUGGAAAUUUGAAGGGUUAUUAUAUUUUGUUUCCUCAAUGCGCAAGCUUUGCAGAGUAAUGCCGUUGCCAACAAGAAAACGAAAGAGCAUUACAAUAUAAUUGUUUAUCUUAUUUGUACAAAGGGACAUUACUCCGGGAAACUCUUUCUCAUAUCAAACGUUAAUAUUGUUAAUGCAUGUUGUACGUACAAACUUCAAUAAAACAAUUAUAAAGAACAACUUGCAGCACAUUUGUGUCAGUAUAUUUUUUCUCUCUUUGGCUCUUGUUAUUUUUGUAAAUAAAAGAGGCGUAUAAUAACGCAAACUUCAGUAAUACCAAAUACUUUAAAGUGGAUUUGUCUUACAAUAGGAACAUUUUCCAACAGUACAUCAAGUAUUUAUAAAAGAAUAGAAAUUGAUCGUUUUUGAUAUUCUUAUAACAUAUUUCUUAAAACAAACGUUGAUAGGAAGAUCCUAAUGAUAGAGUAUGGACAUUUAUAUGAUGAAUUAUAAUCAUAAAUUUUUUCUUACGACAGCUUAGCUUAAUUAAUACUAUCAAUACAAUUAUAUAUUAUAUCAUAGACCUUCAAUUAUGAACCAAUACACUUUAAAGAAUAGUUACGUUCUUCAAAAUGACAAUGGCUUGGUAUCAUUCUGUGUUAUUGCUAUGUCCUAUGUUUUUAAUAGGCCAAUGAAAGAUUCGAGAGAAAGUUAUUAUCUUCUUUAUUCUAUUUUGCUUCGAAGAAUCUGUUAACUUUAUUAUUUCUGUUAGUUUAUUUUUGUUUGUUUGUAUUGUUAAAAAUAAAAUAAAAUAUGAUAAAAUUUUCA